CUCUUGGAAAGGUCAUUCUCCAGACUCCAGCCCGCUCUCCAGCUCCGUUCUUGCUCAACGCUUGGCUGCAGGCAUGGUGUCCUCCUUUUGCUCACCUCCUUGAGUCCCUCUCUACGCCGCGGCCCUCCAGGUUGAUUGGAGUGUUGUUGACAAGAGGCCAUCAUCAAUGGAUGAAGCAAUUUUGCACCUCACUGCAUUGUGGAAAAGCCUUUCGAGAUGAGCUGGAGGGGCGCACUCCGCCGGCACGGUCUGGAUUGAGAGUGGCCCUACCGGCAGCUUCAGUGGUUACGGCCAUCAGCCAUGGCGGACAAGGAACUAGAGGAGGGUCGUUCCCUACACGAUGACCGGGAGAACCUGCAGCGCCAGGCGGAACCUUCAGCAGCAGCAGCAUCCCAAGCUGACUUUGCAUUUCAACCGAGCGGGGCGCAAAUUGAGUUUGCAAGCCCUGGGUUCAGUCAAAUACGGCAGAACGCUGGAGGGAUCCUUCUCACGCCAAAUCCUGCUUUCCCAGGUGGGCAAUUCCCACCUCCGAGCGAAAGGGCCUGUUCGCACCAAGGCGCUAGCAUUGCCGAGUCCAUCAACUCUAAUGGCGAGGGUCGGUCUCCUCUGAUGACGUCAGCGGCUAACAACCCGCCGUCCGUUCUCAACUCUCGGACCGGAGGGCAAACUUUGAACCACCCGCAAGACACUGCGCGCACUCCUGAGCUGAACCCUCAACGCACACUCUCGUUCUCGCCACAUGUCACCACCCAACGGUUUGCUCCCGGCUUGCCCCCACCUCCGACCUUGUCAAUCCCCGCAUUCCCGAGCAAUCCCGACGGAGUUACGCCCCCUCACCGAACGCCCCUCCGCAGCGCCAGCCCGUUUGGUUCCGACACCCCAAACCUGCGGAAACCACCCCUCCCGCCGCAGACCCCCCCCCUGCGGCAAAAUUCCGGGGGCCAACUCUCGGGCACCCGCGACUCGGUGCGAACGCUCUCCUUCGAGAUCGUUCCCGAGGAAAAGGAACUGGAAGAAGCGGGGGAUGAAGGGAUCGCUUCCAGGGGGCGGCGGCACUCUUGGGAUCCCUCCAUGACCAACCCCCCCCGGCGGCUUCACCCUUCCCCACAGUCUCGCACGCGGCGGUCCAGCUUCUCGGAAAGCCCCCCUUCUGGGGGGGCCGCGACGCCAGGUGCCACCACCCCCCUCCGGAGGGCGGCCAGUGCCGCCCCAAGCUUGAGCCCCAUCCUGCGGAGCGCGGCCAAUAGCAGCUCGCCAUCUGGCACUCCCGAUUCGCAGUACGUUCCCGCCAGCCGCCUCAAAAGCCGCAAGAAUUCGUGGUCGGAGAAUGAUUUCCGCGCAGCGACGGAGGACAUUUCUCCAGAGGAAGGAGGAAGGAGGUCCAGUUUUCCUAGCCCGAACCGUCUCCUGAGGGGGGGUUCCGCCGAGUCCAUGCUCAAGGUCAAGCUUACGCCCCCCGGAGUUCGGAGUAACUGGCCGAAAACUCCAGGUUCGCAUACGCUCGACUUUUCCGAUGGCGCUGAUUUCUCCCCGAAAACGACAGAGGCGAGAAAAGUCGCGUCGGCCGGGAAGCUUCGGAAGGGUCGCUGGCGGCUAACCACCGUUCUGGGGUUGUUCGCCGUGCUGUUAAUGCUAACCUCGCUGCUAACCCAUUUUUGGGCGGUAACGAAAGUCGGCCCGCAGCUCGAAACGAUGGCCGCAAACCUCCGGGAGGGGUUCGGGGGCGUGUCAAAUGACCCCCCUGUGCAGUGCGUGAGGAACUCGGAAGGGGGGUCGUUGGCGUGUUACGUCCCGGCGGAAGAGAAGCAGCUGCAACGAGAUAGGCGGGUGCAAAAACGAACUAGAGCGCGGCUGAUGUAUGAGCGGCUGCUGGCGAUGGCGGCGCACUCGUUGGCUGAGUUGGAAUGGAAGCCCGACGCUCACGGUCCGUGGGCCGAGACACCCGCGAAUGGCACGUGGGAGAUCUGCGCGGACCAGAGGGGGCGGAACUGGGUGCCGCCCCCGCUAGAGGGGGAGUCGAACGGGUAUCUUCUGGUCAGCGUGGAAGGGGGAAUCAACCAGCAACGAGUGGCGGUCUGUAACGCCGUUGCUCUCGCCCGCCAUCUCAACCUGACGCUCGUACUCCCGGAGUUCAUUCCGCAGAACGGCGUUGCUGACGGCAGCCAGUUUGAGGACAUCUUCAGCGCGGAUCACUUCAAGGAGUACCUCCGACCAGACGUACGAAUCGUGGACCGACUGCCCUCCGAGCUGUCCGAGCUGAACCUGGCAAAUACAGGCAGCGUUUUCGACGACUCCGACUUUCCUCGGGAGGCCCCCCUGCGGCUGUACGAAGAGACGCUGCUGCCCGUGCUCCGGACCAACCGCGUGGUCCACCUGAGGCAGUUCGUCAACCGACUGGCCUUCGACCCCAUCCCUCCAGAAAUCCAGAAACUAAGGUGCCGCGUGAACUUUCAUGCGCUACGCUUCCAGCCGCGUAUCCAGGCCAUGGGUCGCCUUCUGAUCGACCGGAUGCGCUCGAGUAGCUCAGAAUACAACUCGUAUAGGAGUAGGAAGACUAGUCAAGCUGACUCUUCGGAGUCAGUUACAUCAAACGAGUUAGUGGGGGUUGCUUUCGGGGCGGAGAAACGCCCUCGAAGGCGCGUGUUGCAAACGGAAGAGGGGGUAAAGAGGUUGGGGGCGCAAAUGGCGGGGCGGACUACGUCCCUGGAAAGAGACGACCAACAAGAGAGUCUCGUGGAAGACCCCGAAGUAGAUAGGAACAACGGUAUAAUAGGUUUGCUAGAAGGUGCGGUAGAAAGUAGGGGCAAAGGACAACUUAAAAGCGGGGUAGCUGUAGAAGGAACUUGGGGUGGCGGAAACGCGUUGGAAACAACGAGCGGGGCGAAUGUGGAAGAGAGCAGUGGCACGGAGUCUGUGUGGAAUACUGGAAGCAGGGGAAGGCCAGUAGAAAGUAGGGACGAAGAGGUUUUGGUGGGAACUAGGGGUGGCGGAAAACGCCGGCUGCUAGCAGAGGACGUGGGCGCGGAUGAUGACAUCAGCCAUCUGCCGGAGGCGGUGCAGCGGUACAUGCGGAACCAGCGGCUCCGCGACGAGCGGAAACGGAAGCAGCAGGAGCAGAGCGCGCGCGCCGGCGCGCGCCCGGGGCGCGAGCUCGGGAAAGACGAAACCCUCACGGUGUUGGAGAGGGACGAGGGAAUGGAGGUCGUGCAUGUCGAGACCGCUCUAGUUCUUGGUGACGACACCAAGGGGCUCGCGGAGAGGACACGUGUCGCGCCGGCGGUCGGGGAGGAGAUCACGGUGGCCGAUCCCGAGAAACCCGGGCGCAGGGCGGGGUCCGGGAAACCCGGGGAACGGCUAGGGGUGUCGGUGGAUGUCGAGCGGAGUCGGUACGAGGAAGAGGAGCGGUGGCCGGUGCGGUUUGUGGCGCUGCAUGCGAACUUUCCGGCGAAAUUGGCGGCGUUUUCGAUGUGCGAUUUUGGGGGCGGGGAGGAAGAAAGGAAAGAGCUGAGGCGACUGAGGGAGGCGCAGUUUGAGGCGCUUGCGCGGUGGGAGCGGAACGGCAAGGCGCCCGACCCCAAGACCCAGCGCAAGACGGGCCAAUGUCCACUCACCCCGGAGGAGGCUGUCCUCAUGCUGGCGGCGCUUGGUGUGAAAAGGCGCACCCGCAUCUACCUGACCACCGCGGAGGUCUGGGGGGGCGCCGACAGACUGGUUCCGCUUAGGGGGUUGUACCCCUAUUUCGUGACUAAGGAACAGCUAGCCAGUCCGGAGGAGUUGGCGCCGUUCACCGGUUCUCGAGCCAAGCUGGCGGCGCUCGACUUCAUCGUAGCUUCCGCGGCCGACCUGUUUGCGAUGACCGACCCGGGCAGCCAGCUGUCAUCGCUCGUGACCGGCAUGCGCAUGUUCCACGGUCGGGGCAAGCUCCCGACGCUGCGGCCCGACAAGCGCCAGCUGGCGGCGGCGCUCGCGGACCAUAAGGACGUGGAGUGGCACGUGUUUGCGAACAAGGUGGGCGACAGUGUGAGGGGCUCCCUCGGGCAAACUGCCCGCAAGGACGGGCAGAGUAUAUACCGCCAUUCUCGUUCGCCAGCGUGUAUGCAGUUUCACCCCGCGUCUCCUCCCGUUUCGCCGGAGCCAGUUAUCGAAGAGCGGGCGAAGGUAAGAACUGGGAGUCCCGAAGACCCGUUGAUCGACCCCGGUCAAGAGAUAGAGAGGAUAGAGGACGAAGUGAUGCUCGCGGUCGAGUUGCACGCUAGAAAUAGCACAUUGUCGAACGGUACCAGCAGCUUCGAGGCUUUCGAGGUUUUGCAGAAAGCGGUAGAACCGAUUCCGACUUCCCAGAGCGCAGGUGAGGUGCUUGAGCGGGACUGAUGACGCACGCAGAUUGUCCCGGUCUGAAAUAAGGUGUUGUGUAUUUUAUCUAGGACAAUCAUGUACAAGGUGCAAACCUCCACUUUGGGUUGCAAGGUACCGUUAGGGGUAGGUCCAUAGAUAGGUCUAUCGAUCUUGAUGGUGCCACAUAUGGUGUGUCCAAAGUCCUUGUCUCACACCAAACAUGAAG